AUGGCUCUUUUAUCUGCUGGCACUACUCAUUCAAAGGCAGAGUCAUUUUGCCUCUCUAAGGCCAUUAUUUCCCAAAUUGCAGAGCGUUCAGAUAAUUCAAUCCGACUUUCAUCAGGCUUUAAACGCCCAUGCGGCUCAACAAAGCCGGAAAUCUUAGCCUCUGUCAAACUUCGCUCUGGCCACAUUCCAGAUUCCUCAUACUCUAAAGUUUCUCGUUCUGGCCACAGAUCCAGGUAUAGCCUUUUGAAGAGUAUGUCCCAUCCUAUUCGAGAAACGAGGCAUAGAAUUUCUCGAUUUCGGUCCAUUGUUCAAAGAGUUCCUUUUAGUGUAUCAAAGUACACUAAUCGGUUAUCGCCAUUACGAUCAACGUUGCCAUCCCGCUAUCGACUAUCUUCGCCCUAUUCUCGUUCAAACAGUCGCCGAUUUACGGACCGACCUGAAACCCGGAAUACCAAAAUUCAUUCCAGACAGACCAAGAUCCAAGCAGAGGCUCCUACGCACUGGGCUUCAACGUUGAAUACCAGAACUUCGGCCUCCUCGUCCACAGGUCUCAAUCAAGGGUUUUCUGAUUCUGGUGUCUUCAAACAUUUUUCACUUAUUUUAGAAAUGUCUAUGCAUAUAUGUAUGGGUCAGUCGAAAUAA